AUGUCGGAUGUUGAGAAUUCGACCGCCCAUUCUGUGGUUGAUGUGGAUCCCGGGACGCUUCUCAUGAUAGUCAUCGAUCAGCAUGGCAGAGAACAUGAGACUGAAGAAGUCCGAGAAUUGUCACUGCCGGGACUGCAGAUCCAUCCAAGCUGCCUUGUGCUGCAGCGGGAGGAGGGAUUAGGUAUUAGUCAGCAUGAGGCGGUGCAAUACGUAGGUUCGAAGGAGUGGCAGGUCAUUGUCAUUGAGUCCGCGGAGACCGUAGGGACCCAGCACUCCUCUCCAGAGAAGGUAUUCAGUACCGACACGAGCAUUCAAGUAACCAAGGCCCAUCUACUUGUCCACCUCUGGCACGAGUGCGUGCAGAUCCUUGUAUAA